CAACGCUGGAAGCAUGUAUUUUACCUCGGUUUAGCCGACACCUUCGCUCAUAUACUACUUCUCUAGUUUACUGCAUAAGAAUCCAACACAACAACGUUAACUCCAUCAAACUUACAUUCCUUGUCAUCCUUUCACACCCAACUCCUCCGCUUCUGACAGGGGAAAAUGGAGAGCAGGGAAUAGCAACAGACUUACCAUAUUACUCAUAUCUCAAGAUAUUUGGGUUAACAGACGUGCUUUAUCACACGGGACACAUUUUCGAAUACAUACGAGGCCGAACUUGCCGCGAUGCAGCCAUUAAGAUGCCGCUCGUCAACAACAGCAGCAAGAACUGCAGGUUAGUAGCUAUUUACCUGCUGUGAAGCAUCCCAACAUUUCCGAGUUUUCUGGUCUCGUGAAGCUUGUAGAAAUGCGCGACCCGGCGACGAAGCGCAGAAUGUACUCCACCGGCAAUUAUCAAAAGCCCUUACGCAAUCUGAUGGCCUUGGUCAUCAAAUGCUCCAACAUUGUGGCUACGACUCCUGUAACAUCCAGCUCUUUCCUCUACAGAUCAUAUAACUCAGAAGUGGCUCGUGGCGUCAUAUUUGAUAAGGCUGCCACGCUAUUCUGCUCCGACAGCUUGUUGGUUCUCGGCAAUACGCCUCGACCUAUGAUCAUGUUCGGCGAUACCAAGCAGCUUGCCCCGGUCCUGCGGCAAGUACGUCAAAACCUGCGCCCACAAGCCAUCCUGCGUACGGUCGCUUCUGCAGGAAGGAGUGGAGGAGAGGGAUCUUGGUUUGGAGUGUCGAGAACCAGGAGAGGGAAACGUCAUCAGCCCAUACCUCGAUAAUGCUGCGGACCGCUACUGGAACUUGGCAAAGGAGUGUGGUCUUCAUCUUUGCAUCAUUCGAAUGCACGAUUAGCCUUACGAAAUGAAGAACAGCGAGAGACUAGGCAAGAACCAGGCACAAGACUGUGGCCAGCAAACAGACUUCACAAGAAAGUUUCUGAUAACUGCAAAUAUCGCGAAGACUUUGAACGCCGGAAGAAACCCCAACAGCUGGGUCAACCAGGCUGGCCACCCCCUCUCUACAACACCUGGGAAGUCCUGUGUCACAAAAAUUAUUGAACAGUAUAAUGUUAAUAUGACCUUGGGUCUUGGGAAGCAUCAAGUCCCUGCGAACAGAGGAGUGGCUUUUCCGCCAACAAUCCGAUUCAAGAACGAGAACGAGCGGAACACUGCACUCACCCAGACUCAUAGGCGGGAUAAGGACUGGUAGUUAGGGGUAUAAAUAAAGUAAUCAAGACUUUUUCUAAGCUUAGGUUAAG